UCCCUCCGCUCGGCCAUGGCCCCCUCGUCCCCGUGCAGGUCGCUGAUGUGGCCGCUGUUCCCGCUGCUGCUGCUGCUCGGUGCCGCGCUGCUGGGCGCCCAGGCCCGCGCGGAGCCCGCCGCCGGGAGCGCCGUCCCCGCCCAGAGUCGUCCGUGCGUCGACUGCCACGCCUUCGAGUUCAUGCAACGCGCCCUGCAGGACCUGCGGAAGACGGCCUACAGCCUGGACGCGCGGACGGAGACCUUGUUGCUGCAGGCGGAGCGCCGGGCCCUGUGUGCCUGCUGGCCUGCCGGGCGCUGA